AUGGCCUCUAUAGCCGAGAUGCUCUCUAGAAUAUCCUUGCUUCCUCCCACCAAUACUACCAACACCUCCCAAGCUCCUAGCUCUUCUAGCCUUCCUUCUCAACCUCUCCUAAACCCAAGGGGUAGCAUCAAUGCACUUAACUUGAGAAGUGGUACAACACUUGAGGAAGUUGAGCCCAAGCCUAUCAAUUUGGCGGAGGAUGUUCCAAAUGUAGAGGUUGAUGAAAUAAUAGAGUUAAAUGAAGAUGAAAAGGAGGAAGUUGCAAAGGAAGAAGAAGAACAAUUGAAGGCCAAGGAACCAAAGAGGAAGAACAACAUAGAGGAACAAAUUCCUAUACCUUUUCCAACGGUGGCCAAGAAGGCCAAGAAGCAUGAGGAGCUUGAUCCUAACAUAGUACAAAUUUUUAAGAAUGUCGAGGUGACCAUUCCACUCUUUGAUGCCAUAUAUCAAGUCCCAAAAUAUGUUAAAUUCCUUAAGGAUGUUUACAGUCACAAAGAGAAGAUUGUUGGACUAGGGAUGGAUCUAUUAGGUAAUUCUGUUUCUUCUGUGAUAGAUAACUUUCCUGAAAAAUAUAGUGAUCCCAGUCCUUGCUUGGUAUCUUGUAUGAUUGGUGAGAUUCAACUUAAGGAAUGCAUGUGUGACUUAGGGUCAUGUGUGAGUAUCAUGCCACUCUUAGUUGAGAAGUUGAACCUUGCACUGUUGAAGCGAUCCGGGGCUAGAUUUGUGUUAGCAGACAAGACUAUAAUUUUGGUUGUGGGUAUUGCUGAGAAUGUCUUGGUGAGAAUUUAG